AUGGAGCCGCGCUUUUCUCUCCCACCUAACACGCCAUUAUCGAGCAAGAAAGAGCUGGUGAUUGGUGGAGUUCGAGUCUAUGUUUACGGCUUAGAGGAGUUGAAAUGCAGCGUUGAUGAUAAUAUUGCUAUACUAUAUCUUGCACAUAAUAGGACUCGCACCUAUAAAGUCACAGAAGGCGUUGCACAUGAAGUGCUACAUCGAUAUCAGACAGAUGGGAAGCAGAAGAAAGCGCAGCUCAUUGCUGUGACUAUGAAUAUGAGAAACCACGGGGAUAGAGAGAUUUCUCCUCAGGCAAACCGAACUUGGGCGGACGGGAAUGAGAAUCACGGGCUAGACCUUCUCUCUAUGAUUGAGGGAUCUGCACAAGACUUCAAACUGAUCAUGGACUUCAUACCAGCAUACCUACCACAGUGUGCCUGUAUAUACAAUAUUAUGGGCGGCAUCUCUCUGGGCGGUCAUACUGCAUGGCGCAUUGCGUCUCUAGCUCCGGGUCGACUGCAUGGCUUCGCAAUGGUCGUCGGCUCACCAAAUUUGGCAUCGUUGCUUCUCAGUCGCCUAAACAUUCAGACUGAUAUAUCGGAUAUCGACUCACUAGAAUACAAGGAAUUAUACGAAUUGAUGAAUCCUCAGCAACGGCGGAUGUGGCCAAACACCCUCGACAAGCUGGUUCGUGAUGGAGACCGGGUAGUGACUGAAAGCUUCCCGACUGAUGUGCCCUUACUGUUAUGCAACGGGAAAUACGAUACAUUGGUGCCGGCAAAAUACACGGAAGAAUGGGUAGCGAGGAGGAAACAGUCUAGAAAUAUCAAGUUAUUUGUACAGGACAACACCGGUCACAGUUGCACGAAGGAGAUGGUCGGGAUGCUAGCGAUAUGGCUCAGUGAUAUGUUCUGCCAAGAUGCUUCUGCACGACUUUGA